AUGAAACAUAUGGAAGUUUGCUCAGGAAAGACUAUAGAUUGGGGAAAGAAGCUGAGAAGAGCCUUAGUUCUUGAUAACCUUCGAGUCCAAUCACUUCAACUGAAAAUCAAAGCCAUGAGCUCAAGCACCGCAGAAUCCAUUUCGGAAACUCAAAUUCCACUGACCUCAGGGGUAAAACUUCAGACUCUGAAUUACAUUGUGACAGUUGAUUUAGGAGGGAAAAACAUGACUUUGAUCGUCGACACUGGAAGUGACUUGACUUGGGUCCAAUGCCAGCCUUGCAAGUCAUGUUACAAUCAACAAGGUCCUUUGUAUGAUCCAUCAGUCUCAUCUUCAUACAAGACAGUUUUCUGCAACUCAUCCACUUGUCAGGAUCUUGUAGCAGCUACGGGGAAUUCGGGUCAAUGUGGAGGCAACAACGGUGUCGAAAAGACAACUUGUGACUACGUUGUCAGCUAUGGAGAUGGAUCAUACACUCGAGGAGACUUAGGCAGUGAAAGUAUCCAAUUAGGCGAUACGAAAGUCGAAAACUUGGUCUUUGGUUGUGGCCGAAACAACAAAGGUCUGUUUGGAGGAGCUUCUGGACUAAUGGGUUUAGGAAGAAGCUCAGUUUCUUUAAUCUACCAAACAAUGAAAGAUUUCGAUGGAGUUUUCUCAUACUGCUUACCUUCUCUUGAAGAUGGAGCUUCUGGUUCAUUGUCUUUCGGUAACGAUUCAUCUGCUUACAAGAAUUCAACUUCAUUUUCCUACACUCCGUUAGUACAAAACCCUCAGCUUCAUUCUUUUUACAUUCUGAAUCUCACCGGUGCUAGCAUUGGUGGCGUGGAGCUAGAAACUUCAAGCUUUGGUAGAGGGAUUCUAAUCGAUUCAGGAACGGUUAUCACAAGAUUACCACCUUCCAUUUACAAAGCUGUGAAGACAGAGUUUCUGAAACAGUUUUCCGGGUUUCCUUCAGCUCCUGGUUACUCAAUCUUAGACACUUGUUUCAACCUCACAAGUUAUGAAGACGUGAGCAUUCCUACUAUCAAAAUGAUCUUCGAGGGUAACGCUGAGCUUGAAGUGGAUGUCACUGGUGUGUUCUACUUUGCGAAGCCCGACGCGUCACUAGUCUGCUUGGCCUUGGCAAGUCUGUCAUAUGAAAAUGAAGUUGGUAUCAUCGGAAAUUACCAACAGAAAAACCAGAGAGUAAUAUAUGAUACUAAAGAAGAGAAGAUUGGAAUUGCAGGAGAAAACUGCAGUAUCUGA